UAACACGAGUAGGUAGAAGAAGAAGAAGAAGCAAAACACAAAUCAGAACAGAAAGUAAGCUCUGGCUGUGCAGUGCAUAUAGGAAUCAGCGGUGCAGUCGGCGGAGCCAUGGCGGCGCCUGAAACCCCUCUCUGUUACGUCGGUGUCGCCAGGCGAUCCGCUGCUUUUCGCCUCAUGAAGCAAAUGGGUUGGGAAGAAGGAGAAGGUCUUGGCAAAGAGAAGCAGGGAAUCAAAGGAUAUGUUCGAGUCCAGAACAAACAGGACACUAUUGGUAUUGGCUUAGAGAAGCCUAACCAGUGGGCAUUUGACACCACACAGUUUGAUAGUAUCCUCAAGAGAUUGAAAGUUCAAGCGCCGGAAUCCAAGGACAAAGACAUAGAUGAUGAUGAUGAUGAUGAUAAUAGCCCUGCUAAGGUGGAAACUGAGGCGGCUAGUGUUGCUGCUGAUCCAGAGGACUCUGUCUCCAAAGCUACUAGACCACAAGGAAGAUACAAGAGAAGAGAGAGGGGGAAGCUCGUCUCUGCAUAUUCCUUAAAGGAUCUUGAAGGAAUUCUUGUUAAAAAGACUGAACCAUCUGAGGGUACGGACAAUUCUGAUGCUGAAUUAAAUUUGUUAGAGACAUCUGAAACUCAAAAUGUUGAAGAUGAAGGAAGCAUAUAUCCUGUUAUCCCUCCAGAGUGGUGGGGCUAUAAGUUUGGUUUUAUCUCUGGUGGAUAUCUUGGAGCAGAAUUAAAGAAGAGAAAGUCACUGAUAUCUGAAAGUGCUAAAAAAAGUGGGACAGAGAGAACUGCAUUUUUUGAAGAAGAUCAAGAAAAUCUCUACAAGCUAGUCCAAGAUAAAUCCACAACAGGAAAGCAAGGGCUAGGCAUCAAGGACAGGCCCAAGAAAGUAGCUGGAUGCUAUUUUGAGGGGAAAAAGACAUCAUUUGAUAAUAGUGAUGAAGAAGAUUCUGACACUGAUUCCAUGGAAAAACAAACACGUGAUGACUUAAUUAAAGUAGAAAAGGUUGUUGAAUCCAAAGUGAAGCUGAAAAAGUUGUGUAAAAAGAUUUUACAGCAGGUGCCUGAAGAAUCACUGAAACUAAAACAACUCAAGGUUCUUAUUGAAGAGCGUUCAUCAACAAUCUUGUCCGACUUUUCUUCAAAAAGAGACGCUAUUACUUACUUGAAGCAAAAGCUGUCAGGUAGUAGGAAAUUUUGUAUUGAAGGGAAAAGAGUACGAUUGGCAUCUACGAGAAGUUGAAUUUUUGAUACAUUUUUUGCGGCUUUUCUCAUUUGAAACCCUCCCGGGGGGUGUUGAGAGAACUGUGCAGAUUGCACAGAUUGCACAGCUUACCUUGAAUGUUGUAGCAAUCUGUCAAGUGUUGACAACAUUUUAUGAAAAUUUAGUUUAUAUUUUUUGUUGUAAGUUUAAAUUUUGUUUAAGUGAGUGUGUCCAUGGAUUGGAUAUUGAUAUUAUCUCUUUGUAACUCAUGAAUAAUGAAACGUGCUUAAUCCAAA